AUGGUCACAUGCAUUGCAUACUUUGACUCUAUUUCCUUUAAAAGGUAUGCCCCUGGAAAGUCGGAAGUCUUUUCGUACUUUUUAAGCACCAUAUGCAUCUGCGGCGGGUUUGUGUACAUCCUACGAGCCUUCAUUAGCCAUGAAAAACUGCUGUCUUUGUUCUUUGCCAUAAUGCUCCACAAGAAGAUCGUUAGUAUGGUUUUUCUUAUCUACAUGUGGCUCACGGCAUACGAUCUAUGCAAAACUGCCGUCUCCAGAGAAGAGCUGACCUUUGGGACAGCAGGGAAAUGUAUCUGUGUAGCAAGAAAGAAACUUAUAUUUUAUCUUAUAACAUCUAUCAUGCUGUUUAUAGUAAUACUAACCUUAUUUACACUCAAAGCAGAUAUGCACUUUGGCAAGCUGCUGUCCCGCCUUUUGGUUGAAGAAGACUACUAUGUGAACACAUUAUGA